AUACAGCCUCAUAACUCCCAAUGUUAUGCGGGUGGAGAGUGAAGAAAAGAUUCUCGUGGAGGCUCAUGGCCUUGGCGCGUCCACAGAAGUGACUGUCACGGUCUUUGACUUCCCGCAGAAGAAGAAGGCCUUGUACCUGGUCAGAGCUACCCUGAACCAAGAAAAUGGCAUGAUGGCGACCCCAGUCAUAAAGGUUCCUGCCAAAGACAUGAAGGAGGAUUCCAAGCGAAGCCAGUACGUGGUUGUCCAAGCCAGUUGUACCCAGUUCCAGCUGGAGAAGGUGGUUCUGGUCUCCUUCCAAAGCGGCUACAUCUUCAUCCAAACAGAUAAGACCAUCUACACCCCUGGAAGUGCAGUGCGCUAUCGGAUCUUUCCUGUGGGUUACCGCAUGGAGCCUCUGGAGAAAAACGUGAUUGUCGAGUUUCAGACACCAGAUGGCAUUGUAGUCCACCAUGUUUCCAUUGCCUCUAUUUCAACAAACAUCCAGCCCUUCAAUAUACCUGAGAUUGUGAGCCUUGGAACAUGGAUGGUGACGGCCAAGUAUGAAGACUCUCCCCAGCAUACUUUCACCACACAUUUUGAAGUCAAAGAAUAUGUGCUCCCAAGCUUUGAAGUCCUUCUGGUCCCGCACGAGAAGUUUUAUAACAUUGAUAGUGAUGACAAUUUCAGAGUGUCCAUCACUGCAAGGUGGGUUUAUGUCGAUCAGAAGGCCAAAGAGGACCAACCUGAUACUGGCUUUCAUCUGUAUGACAGUCUGCAGCCUCAUCUUUACUUAGAAAUAAAUCCCAGCAAUGACAUGGUGGUAGCUGAACAAAGUGGCAUUAAGAUUGUGACAUCUCCCUACGAAAUCCACUUCACAAGAACCCCCAAGUACUUCAAGCCAGGAAUGCCGUAUGAACUGACGGCCUUUGUCACCAACCCUGAUGGCUCCCCAGCUCCAAAUAUCCCCGUGGUAUCGGAUCCCAUCGUAGCGGAGGCGCUUACCCAGAGCGAUGGAACUGCCAAACUUAUCCUGAACACGCCAGCAAACCAACAACAGCUGAGAAUCACAGUCAAAACCAGGCACCCGAAAGUCCAGGCCAAUGCACAGGCCAGCAAUACCAUCUUGGCCAACGCCUACCAGACCCAGGGACAGUCCGGGAACUACCUCCAUUUGGCCGUCACAGCCAGGGAGCUCAGGGCCGGGGAUAACUUGCCGAUCAAUUUCAAUGUGAAGACCAACAGACCAAACGUGAUGGACCAGAUCCGUUAUUUCACCUACAUAAUCAUGACCAAAGGAAAGAUUUUCAAGACCGGGAGGCAGCUCAAGGCCGUGGGGCAGAACCUGGUGACGAUGUCUCUGCCCAUCACCCCGGACCUCAUCCCUUCUUUCCGAAUCGUGGCUUACUUUCAAAUCGGGAACAGCGAAAUCGUGGCUGACUCUGUCUGGGUGGAUGUGAAAGAUACCUGCAUGGGAACGCUUGUUGUGACUGGAGCAACUGAGGCAGAUAACAGAAUCCACACACCGGGAUCGGUAACCAAAAUCAAGCUGGAAGGAGACGCGAAUGCUCACGUUGGCCUGGUGGCUGUCGACAAAGGCGUCUACGUCCUCAACAAGAAGUACAAGCUGACCCAAGCAAAGAUCUGGGACACGGUGGAGAAGAGUGACAUCGGAUGCACAGCCGGCAGCGGCAGUAACCACGUGGGAGUAUUUCUGGACGCCGGACUGGCCCUGGAGACCAGCAACAAGAUCUCCACACCCCAAAGAACAG